GGGCUAGAGCCGAGUGAACCGCCGGGAAGGGAAGGGUUGGACGGGUGGCUCGCCCGGGCCCUAUAUGGAAGGGCAGGAUCUCGAUAUCUGGUCAGCGUGAGGAAUGAAGGUUAAAAUAAACUGUACCAUACAAGCAUAUCAACCAGCUAGGACACCAAGACCCUCGGUAGGGAAUGCAUAUAUGACAACGUCCAGGGCCAUGAAGAGUUCAAAGAUUUCGCACUCCGCAUGGGACUGUACAAUCAUCAAUACAUACAGUGCUGCCCAGGCCAUGACCCGCCUUGUAUGUAACAGAAGGCAGGGGCAUACUGUAAGAAAGCACAGGUCGGCGAGCAACCGGCGUUGGAGAUUUGAGUGGCUUGCUUUCUUUAGACAUCCUAUCAAGCCCACGUCCAUGACCAAGUGAAGUGGGAGAGAUGCGGGCCCGCCUCGUAUGCUGGUACAUCCAUACGUAUUCUAAAAUUCCAGAAGGGC